CCCCCGUUCGCUUCCUGUAUGCUGGAUAUUGAGGUUUUAAACUGUGUUUGUCAUCUGCAAAUCAGUAGCAGAUUACGCCAUCGCGCCAUGGGCCUUCUAGACCAGCUGUGGGAUGACACCGUGGCGGGGCCUCCACCAGACAACGGCCUCGGAAAGCUCAGGAAGCAUUCCACCUUCAGUUUCCGGUCAAGUUCCGCCAAGGAAUCCGAUGGUCGAAACACGAGAUCUUACACUGACGAUGCACCUGAGGAGGUGACCAAAGUUACGCGCAGUAUCAUGAUAGUAAAACCACCUGGUUACCAGAACGGUUCUCCUCCGGUUUCACCGGCCGGCUCUACUCCUCCGGUAUCUCCUUUCUCUGGAGGCAGAGAGUCGUUUCGGUUUCGAAGAAGGUCGACGUCGGAUGCAUACGAAAAGGCAAGCGAGGUUGGACCCAGGAGUCCUCCUCCUCCUUACGACGUGUGAAAUAUGAGACUGGAUCUGAUCCAUCUUUAGCCGGCUAUUGUAAUGUUUCAGCUGUAGGAAGACAUGUUUUGGAUGGUAGUGCAGUAAUGCGUGCCUAGACAGCACGUCCGUUUGUGUGUUUUCUGGUGUAGACAUUCCAUGUUUCGGAUCUGUAGCUCUAGCGAUGAUGAUCUUUGAGAUGGGUAUGUAGUUAUAUGGUAUCUGUAAAUAGCUUUUCUGUUGUUAGUUGUUUUCUGUUAUAUAUGGUUUCUUAUGCUUUUCGCCUUA